AUGCCUCCCCCACCUCAAGUCCAGCGGACCCCAAGGCUUCGGGAUCAGAGAGCUACGAAAAUUGUCUGCCCAGGCACUUCCGGUUUUUCUUCCCCCUAUCCCUCUGCUGCUUCUGCUGCUGCUCAGAAGGUCAGAUCAGCCACUGAUGGUAAUACCAGCACCACUCCGCCCACCUCUGCCAAGAAGAGAAAGUUAAACAGCAGCAGCAGUAGCAGCUGUAACGAGAGAAUAGACUCUGAUUCCACCUCUUCCUCCUCCACCCCUCCACAACUUAGAGAUUCGGCGUCCCCUUCAACCUCGUCCUGCUGCCUCGGGGUUCCAGUGGUCACUUCCAGCCACGCGAUACAGAAGAAGCUGUGUUUUGAAGACACCCUGGAGUUUGUAGGGUUUGAAACGAAAAUGGAUGAGGAAUCUUCCUCAUCUUCCUCAUCAUCGCCCACUACUGCAACCUCACAGCAGCAGCAACUUAAAAAUAAGAGUGUGUUAAUUUCUUCUGUGGCUUCAGUGCACCAUGCAAACGGCCUGUCUAAAUCAUCUACCACUGUCUCUAGCUUUGCUAACAGCAAGCCUGGCUCAGCUAAGAAGUUAGUGAUCAAGAACUUUAAAGAUAAGCCUAAAUUACCAGAAAACUAUCCAGAUGAAACAUGGCAGAAGCUGAAAGAAACAGUGGAAGCUAUUCAGAAUAGUACUUCAAUUAAGUACAGUUUAGAAGAACUCUACCAGGCUGUAGAAAAUCUUUGUUCUUACAAGAUUUCUGCAAAUUUGUAUAUGCAGCUGAGACAGAUUUGUGAAGAUCACAUCAAAGCACAGAUUCAUCAAUUCAGAGAGGAUUCAUUGGAUAGUGUUCUUUUUCUAAAAAAGAUUGAUAAAUGCUGGCAAAAUCAUUGUAGGCAAAUGAUAAUGAUCAGGAGUAUUUUUUUGUUUCUGGAUAGAACUUAUGUUCUUCAGAAUUCCAUGCUACCCUCCAUUUGGGACAUGGGAUUAGAGUUAUUUCGGGCUCAUAUUAUAAGUGAUCAAAAAGUUCAAACGAAAACAAUUGAUGGCAUCCUUCUCUUGAUUGAGAGAGAGCAGAAUGCUGAAGCAAUCAAUAGAAGUUUACUUCAAAGCCUUUUAAUUAUGCUGUCUGAUUUGCAAAUCUACCAAGACUCUUUUGAACAACGAUUUGUAGAAGAAACUAACCGGCUUUAUGCAGCUGAAGGUCAAAAGUUAAUGCAAGAAAGAGAGGUUCCUGAGUAUCUUCAUCAUGUUAAUAAACGCCUAGAAGAAGAAGCAGACAGAUUUAUUACUUACUUAGAUCAGACCACCCAGAAGUCACUAAUUGCUUCUGUUGAGAAACAACUUCUAGGUGAAUAUUUAACAGCAAUACUUCAGAAAGGUUUAAAUAACCUUCUUGAUGAAAAUCGAAUUCAAGAUCUGUCUCUUCUGUAUCAGCUCUUCAGUAGAGUUCGAGGUGGAGUUCAGGUUCUCUUACAGCAGUAGAUUGAGUACAUCAAGGCUUUUGGAAGUACUAUUGUUAUUAAUCCUGAAAAAGAUAAAACCAUGGUUCAAGAAUUGGUGGACUUUAAAGAUAAAAUUGACCAUAUAAUUGAUACCUGCUUUCUGAAAACUGAAAAAUUUAUCAGUGCUAUGAAAGAAGCAUUUGAAACAUUCAUUAAUAAAAGACCAAAUAAACCAGCUGAACUGAUAGCUAAGUAUGUAGAUUCAAAACUUCGUGCUGGCAAUAAAGAAGCUACAGAUGAAGAGCUUGAGAAAAUGCUGGAUAAAAUAAUGAUUAUAUUUAGAUUUAUCUACGGCAAAGAUGUUUUUGAGGCCUUCUAUAAGAAAAAUUUAGGCAAACGCCUAUUAGUUGGCAAGAGUGCAUCUAUAGAUGCUGAAAAAUCAAUGCUGUCUAAACUGAAACACGAAUGUGGAGCUGCAUUCACCAGCAAGCUUGAAGAGAUGUUUAAAGACAUGGAACUUUCAAAAGACAUCAUGGUUCAGUUCAAACAGUAUAUGCAGAAGCAGAAUGUACCUUGCAAUAUUGAAUUAACUGUGAAUAUCCUGACAAUGGGUUACUGGCCAACAUAUGUACCUAUGGAGGUCCAUUUGCCACCAGAGAUGGUAAAGCUUCAGGAAAUUUUCAAGACAUUUUAUUUAGGCAAACACAGUGGCAGGAAACUCCAGUGGCAGUCAACUUUGGGACACUGUGUGCUAAAAGCUGAAUUUAAAGAGGGCAAAAAAGAACUUCAGGUCUCUCUUUUUCAAACCCUGGUGCUGCUAAUGUUUAAUGAAGGGGAGGAGUUCAGUUUAGAAGAGAUCAAGCAAGCUACCGGGAUAGAGGAUGGAGAAUUAAGGAGAACACUGCAGUCACUAGCCUGUAGCAAAGCUAGAGUUCUGGCUAAAAAUCCAAAGGGCAAAGAUAUCGAAGAUGGUGACAAAUUCAUUUGUAAUGACGAUUUCAAACACAAACUAUUCAGGAUUAAGAUCAAUCAAAUCCAAAUGAAAGAAACGGUUGAAGAACAAGCAAGCACUACAGAAAGAGUAUUUCAAGAUAGACAAUACCAAAUUGAUGAUGCGAUUGUCCGAAUCAUGAAGAUGAGGAAAACACUUAGCCACAAUCUUCUUGUUUCAGAAGUCUACAAUCAGCUAAAACUUCCAGUAAAACCUGCAGAUCUAAAAAAGAGAAUAGAAUCCCUAAUUGAUCGGGAUUACAUGGAAAGAGAUAAAGAAAACCCAAGCCAGUACAACUAUAUUGCAUAG